AUGUUUGGAAGAUUAGUUUUAAAACAAACCAGAAGAACUUUAUUUAAUCCCGUAUUAAAGAAUACCUUCUGCAUUUACCAAGCUUACUAGAAUCCCUUGCGUCACAUCAACACUGGACACAAUCCCAAUAAUGUUUAUGAAGAUAUUGUUAUGCUCGGUGAUUACCCUGUCCAAAAUAGAACCCACGACAAGGUUAUUUCUCAAACCUAUGUACCUGCUAUUGCCAACAUUGCCUUCACUCAUUUGAGCAAGAAAUACCCUCAAGCUGGCUUGAAAGUUGAUUAACUUAACACUUUGAAGGAAAAGACCUGGAAUGAUUUGGGUGUUAACAUUGAACACGAAAAAUAAGAAAUUUUAGUUGAAUUAAGCGAAUAAAUUUUUGUUAAGGAAAGCAAACUUAGAUGGGUCCAUGAACAAAGAUAAAGAUUGGCUCACACCACUUACGUAUUCUCCGGUCUUGAAUUCUAAAACGUCAAGGUAGGAUUCUUUAUUGAUUCAUAUAACUUCCUCUUACAAGAGUUAGCUCAUCGUUCUAACCUCUAUCAAUCCAAAGAUAUUGUUGGUGAAAAGAGCUUCCACGAAAAGCAUCUUGAAUAAUAAACUGCUCCCUACUCAGGUGUUAAAUCUCUUGAAGAACCUGUUUCUCAAAAUAAGUCCUUCAUUAACUCUUUGAUGAGAGCCAUCCACAACCAUUGA